AGCCUAUUCGGGCGAGCCCUGGGGGCGGCUCCCGCCGCGCGCUCGGGUCAGCCUCCCCUUUAAAAAAACCCGCCCGCGGAGGAGGCGGAUGUAGGGGCGGCCCGUCCAAUGGCAGCUGCCCGCCUCGGGAGACUUGGAGACGUGAGCCGAGCGAGCUACAGAGCCGGUUCACACCGACUGACGGACAGAGGGCCAGAAGACCGCCAAGACGGGCGCGCUGACCCCGGCCGGGUCCCCGCCUUGCACUCCAGUCCCAGCGCCCGCCGCUGCCCCAGACCCAGCGCGAUGCGCGGCCCUGGCGGCGGGACACGGGCGACCUCUGGGCCUGGGCCAGCGAAUCCCGGCCCCUAGCCCCCGCGCCGCUGCCCAGCUACCGGGAGGGCUGUGAGGACCCCGGCCUCAGUGGACCCAGACACCCACCCCGCGGGGUCUGUGCAGCCCGGCCGGGCGUCCCUGCUCACCAUGCUCCUGCUGUCGCCACGCUGCGCGCUCCUUUCCGUCUAUUGCCCUCAAAUCUUUCUCCUCCUGUCCAGCGGCAGCUACCUAGCGCUGUCAUCCGUGGUGGCCUUGGGAGCCAACAUCAUCUGCAACAAGAUUCCUGGCUUGGCCCCGCGGCAGCGUGCCAUCUGCCAGAGCAGGCCGGACGCCAUCAUCGUCAUCGGGGAGGGGGCACAGAUGGGCAUCAACGAGUGCCAGUACCAGUUCCGCUUUGGGCGCUGGAACUGCUCGGCCCUGGGCGAGAAGACUGUCUUUGGGCAGGAGCUCCGAGUAGGGAGUCGCGAGGCCGCCUUCACCUAUGCCAUCACAGCGGCUGGCGUGGCCCACGCCGUCACGGCCGCCUGCAGCCAGGGCAACCUGAGUAACUGCGGCUGCGACCGAGAGAAGCAGGGUUACUACAAGCAAGCCGAGGGCUGGAAGUGGGGCGGCUGCUCGGCCGACGUGCGCUAUGGCAUCGACUUCUCCCGGCGCUUCGUGGACGCCCGCGAGAUCAAGAAGAACGCACGGCGCCUCAUGAACCUACACAACAACGAGGCGGGCCGGAAGGUGCUAGAAGACCGCAUGAAGCUGGAGUGUAAGUGCCACGGUGUGUCGGGCUCAUGCACCACCAAGACGUGCUGGACCACGCUGCCCAAGUUCCGCGAGGUGGGCCACCUGCUGAAGGAGAAGUACAACGCGGCCGUGCAGGUGGAGGUGGUGCGUGCCAGCCGCCUGCGGCAGCCCACCUUCCUGCGUGUGAAGCAGCUGCGCAGCUACCAGAAGCCCAUGGAGACGGACCUGGUGUACAUCGAGAAGUCUCCCAACUACUGCGAGGAGGAUGUGGCCACUGGUAGCGUCGGCACGCAGGGCCGCCUGUGCAACCGUACCUCGCCUGGCGCCGACGGCUGUGACACCAUGUGCUGCGGCCGCGGCUACAACACUCACCAGUACACCAGGGUCUGGCAGUGCAACUGCAAGUUCCACUGGUGCUGCUUCGUCAAGUGCAACACCUGCAGUGAGCGCACCGAGGUGUUCACCUGCAAGUGAGG